AUCGAGCUUGACGUACGAUCAGGGGCCAGCAAUGGCGCGGUCCAAGAAGGCGGCCAUGCUCGCCGGCCUCCUGGCCGUCGCCGCGCUCUGCUCCGCCGUGGGGUGGGAGGACCACGACCACCACAUGUACCACAGGUGCUACAGGUCCUGCAUGAGGAAGUGCGACGACGACUUUGACGACGACGACGAUGACGCCUUCACGAAUGGCAUCCGCCCCCUCGCCGCCUCGUCCGUAUCUGAUGACGAUCACGACGAUCAUCACGACGACGACGAUGAUCACCACGAUCAUGACCAUGAUGGCCACCACGAUGAUCACGGAGACAGCCACGACGAUGAUGACGACGACGACGACGACGACGACGGCGACUACGACGAGUGCAGCGUGGAGUGCACGCAUGACUGCAUCGACUACAUUCCCGGCAUCUGCUACCGCCACUGCGUCGCCCACUCCUGCUUCUACCUGCCACCGUAUAGCUACCGGAGAGCGUCUUGCCUCAGGGGAUGUGGCUACAGAUGCUACCGCCACGGCCACCACCAUCAUCACCACCACCACCAUGACGACGACGACGACGACGAUGACGACGACGACCACCACCACGAUGGCCCGAAGCCGAGCCCUCCCAAGCCCGGGCCGACGCCGAAACCGCCGAUGCCAGGGCCAGCGCCGCCAAAGCCACCAGUGCAGGUGCUGAAUCCGGGGAUGCCACCCAUGAAUCAUCCCCCCAUGAAGGAGAAGCCGGCACCGCCCAAUACACUGAAGCUGGUACGGCCUAAGCCGCCGAAGCCGUCACCGAGGACACCGAAGCCACGACCCAUGCCACCUUCGCCGCCGCUCAAGCCACCAGCGCCCAUGCCAGGUCCGAGGACGCCGAAGCCACCAGCUAGGCCACCGUCGCCACCAGUGCCCAUGCCAGCACCGGGGACGCCGAAGCCACCAGGGAAUCCAGGACCGAGGUCAUGAGAGCCGCCGCCGCGUACGAUCGGGCCGCCCGACAGCCGCAAUCGAAGGAUAACUCAUCCGUGAUAGCAUACGUACAAAUGAUUAAGUAGUGGUUUCAAAUUAAAUGCGAUUACUGAUGGAUUGCUAUGUUCGAUAACAAGAUGGGAGGAUUAUCCCGAUUGGUAGACGUAGAUUGGGCAUAAAUCUUACAUAAGCCUAGUUCUGUGAGUCUUUGUCUGCAGGAUGUACUGAAGAUCAUGUCAUGUAUCAGUGAACAUUAUUACAUUGCAUUGUUCACAUUCAGCAUAAGUUUGUGCCGGCAAUAUGGUGAUGACACUUUCUAGUGACUA